AUGCGGUCUCUCCCCAAGGUCCUUGCGCCGUAUUUCGCGCUUGCAUUCCUCGUACCUGCUGCCACCUGUCUGCCCCGUGAAGAUCCCAAGUCCUGCAAUGGCUGUUCUAAUCCUACAGCUACUAUCGACUCCGGUGUAGUCACUGGCAAAGUCACUCAUAUCCCCGGCUCGGGGUCGUCUGUGAACCAGUUCUUGGGCAUUCCAUUCGCUCAACCACCUACAGGCGAUCUCCGCUUUGCGCCUCCUGAAAAGCCGCAUGUUUGGGAUGGGACAUAUAACGCCGUCGCCCAGCCCCCAGCAUGUAUUCAAGAUUUUGGCAACAGAACCACCGGCAGCGAUUUCCAGCAGGCGCUGUUCAACACCCCCCCUCCUCCAGGGGAGAGUGAGGACUGCCUCUAUCUUAACGUGUAUGCACCUAGCUCUGGUGGCAAGGAUAAACCUGUCUUGUUUUGGAUCUACGGUGGUGGGUACAGGUUUGGUGCCAGCUCGCUUCCACUCUAUGACGGCACUAGCUUUGCUGCAAAUCAGGAUAUCAUUGUUGUGACAGCAAACUAUCGAACAAAUCUGUUUGGCUUUCCUAGAUCACCUCAGCUCCCACUCGAUGCACAAAAUCUUGGCCAAUUAGACCAGAGACUGGCUCUUGACUGGGUCCAGCGAAAUAUCCGCAGCUUCGGUGGUGGCCCAGGAAAAGUCACAAUCGCCGGAGAGUCUGCCGGUGCGGUAUCCGUGAGCGCUCUCAUCAACACGAUGCCGGUCAAUCCACCAUUUCGAGGCGCUAUCCUCCAGGCAGGACAGUCACUAAUCCAAUUCCCACCGCCUCCGCCCAACGAUGACCAAACGUCCUGGGAGGCCCUCAUCCAACUCCUCAACUGCACCGACACCUCCGACGCAGGUAUUCUGGCCUGCGCACGUGCUGUCAGCGCCGAGACGCUUAAAGAAAUUCUGCAGACUACUGGCCUCUCUUUCCAAAGUCCAGUUGCUGACAAUGUCACAACUCUUGAAUUCCCGGCCGCAGCAUACGCAGCAGGCAGUGUCUCCAGGGUGCCAAUCCUUGCUGGUUCCAAUUUCGACGAGGGCAGCAGCUUCGCCUACGGUGCAGGUGAAAAUGUUACCGAGUUCCUUGCAAGCGUCUCACUGCCUACUGCAAUAGUCGAACAGAUCGCCGAGCUCUACGCGCCUGACUCGCCUGCCACGGUGGGUCGGACGACAGGAAACCAGAUCAUCGCCCAGAUCAUCACCGACUCCUCUGCCCGCUGUCCCGCUGGACUCUUUGCCAAUCUCACCUUGACCGCUCUUGACGUUCCCGCAUGGCAGUACCUGUUCAACGCCACAUUCCCUAACACCCAGCAUCCAGAAUACCCGGGCCUGGGCGUCUACCAUUCCUCUGAGAUCUCACUCGUGUUCGGCACUUACCCGGCUGAGGACUCCACGCCAACGCAAGCUAGGUUGAGCCGGUGGAUGCAGAAGCAGUGGGCGGACUUUGUGAAGGACCCACAAAAUGGCCCCGGCUGGGGCCCUUACCCUACGGUCGGAGUGCUGGGAGCGAGCGAGGACGAGGCUGUGACGACAAGAAAUGUCCGAGACCUGGACCCCGUUUGUGCGGAAUGGGAUAAUUUGUACGCACUGGGAUUAGAGAGUGGCUCAUAG